AUUUUCUGCCUUCACCUUAAACCGAGUUUUAAUCGCAUCUUCCUCAAAUUAAAUCGAAUUUUUUCCAUUACAGUCGAGUUCAGCGGAGUUGAAUUUAUUUGUCAUGCCUAAGUAAUUAUCAAUCGUUAUGAUAAAAUAUUGAAAAUUCGAUUGAUUUUUAAGAACUUUGCAAUCAAUAAAUCCAUAAAUUAUUGAGAAAAAAAACGGUACGUAUUAGUUUAUCUUAAUUUCAAAUCUGCAAAUUCGGUCAUCUUGUUCAUCGCGCUUCUGUGAAUCUAAGACUCCAUUUUCACUGUUCCAAUCGAAUCGGUGCCCUAACUCAAACCACGAUGUCAUCUAUACUGAGAGGGGAGUCAAGGAGAUUCAACAACAAACAAAAAGGACGACAUCAUUUGCCGCCACAGAAGAGACAGGAGAUUAAGGAAGCUUUUGAAUUAUUUGACACUGAUGGAUCAGGUACUAUUGAUGCCAAGGAGCUCAAUGUUGCUAUGAGGGCCCUUGGAUUUGAGAUGACAGAAGAGCAAAUUGAGCAAAUGAUAGCAGAUGUGGAUAAGGAUGGGAGUGGAUCAAUCGACUACGAUGAGUUUGAGCACAUGAUGACGGCCAAAAUAGGAGAAAGGGACACUAAAGAGGAGCUCAUGAAAGCUUUCCAUAUUAUUGAUCAUGACAAAAAUGGUAAGAUAUCUGCAGCAGACAUCAAGCGCAUUGCAAAGGAGCUAGGUCAAAAUUUUACUGAUAGAGAGAUUCAAGAGAUGGUUGAUGAUGCAGACCAAAAUAACGAUCGAGAGGUUGAUCCAGAGGAGUUCCUCAUGAUGAUGAACAGAACAAGCUUCAGGCACUAGUCAUAUUAGUCAUAUUUACAUGCAGUGCAGUAGUAUCUUCGUUUGGCUUAAUUAUAUAUAAAUAUAAAUUUUAUGUGUGUACAUUCUAGGAAUGAUGAAUCAAAUGUUUGGUUUAAUAAGUUGUAAAUAAGUUGAUAUCAAAGAGUUUGGGUUUGAAUCUGA